CUAUUUCUGGUUAUUAUAUUUAUACAUUUCAUGAAAUUUGUUGUGCAUAUUAUGAUUAUCGCCUAGACAAUGUUCCGAUAUUUGUAAAUUACAAUCCUCUUAAAACUAUUAACUUGAAUCGAUACCUUCCUUUUAAGAGCCAUUCAUACAUAUUUAUACUUAUAUAUAUAUAUAUAUCUUCGUAGAACGCAUAUUUUAUAUGUUUAUAUUUACACGUUCCUUAUUAUAGUGGCAUUUAUUUAUUUUUUACCAUUAUUUUAUAGAAUUCAUCCUAUUAUUUAAAUUGAAUAAACCCCAUCUUGAUCAUUCAUUCAUUCAUUUAUAAAUCUCACUCGAUAGAUUUAUAAGAUCUACCAGUUUUACUUUUUUUCAAAUAGUUGAUGUCCUUAUUUGCAUAAAAGCUUUGUUUACCUAGAAAUGAUAAAGCUUAAUACAAGAUUAAAGGCAAGUAAGUUAUUACUUUAUGUCUGUAUUAUGAUAUGGAUACUUGCCUUCAAUGUUUAUAUCUAUUGUUAUCAUUCAGAAUCCAUAUCUGAUACCAUCAUAAAUAUCAUUGAUACUACAAAUCAACAAUUAAAUUCUUAUAAAGAAGAUGAAGAUAAUUCAUUUGAAUCAUUCUCAACUCAAGAUGUACCUAGUAAUGUUCAUAAAACUUUGGAUGCUUCUAUAUUAGAAUUAACUCCCAUAAAACUUUAUCAUCAACAAUAUUUAAAUGAUAGUCGGAAUUUACCUCCAUCAUUCUCCCAAAAUUAUGAAACUAUGUUUAAUUUAAUUGAUCUGAAAUCUGAUUCUCCUGAUUUCUAUCAUAUUUUAUCAAAUUUAGAUUUCUCAAAUCGUUGUCAAUUAUAUUUCGAAAAUUUAUUCGUUAAUAAUCAAAAUUGGUUCAUAAAUCCAUUUGAAAGAAUAUCGGCUAAUCGAUUUAAUUAUGAAUAUGAUUAUUGGAGACGAAAUAAUUAUAGAUUCUUACAAAAACAGUAUAAUAAACAGCAUCGUAAUGAUGAAGAUAGAGAAAUUCAAAAUCAAGAAGAGUUUGAUCAGUUUAUAAAAGAUAAAUAUAAGGAAUUUAUGUUGUUUAUAUCGAUCGAUGAACAAAAAUCAUUGAAUUUCUUAAGUCAUUUAAGAAUCUUUAAUAAAUGUUAUCUUUCAGUAAAUAAUAUAAAACAACAAAAUUCAAUUAAAAGUUUCUUACAACAUCAAAAACAUUUUGUGAAAAUAGCUCCAACUUUAGAACUCAAAGAAGAUGAAGUUAAACAUAAUGAAAAUCAAGAUCAGAAAGAAAAUGACAAUAAGAAUGAAGAUAAUAACAACAACAAAAAUGACAAUGAAAAUAUUAAUAAUAAAAUAAGGAAGAAAUCAGUUAAAUUAAACCCAGCUAGUGAUUGUUCAUUCUUAGAACAAAGAUUAUAUCCCUGGUUAUCAUUCCAUUAUCCUGUAUUUGAAAAAUGGACGGGUGAAAUUGAAUUAAGUCCUCCCAAAUUCAAAAAUUCAAAUGCUGCAAAAACAAAUCCAUCAACUGAAUCUCAAUAUGGGUCAUGUUUCUUAAAUAAAUUCAGAAAAUCCUUAAGUGGGAAAGGUAUCGUCUUAACUAUCGGUGACAAACAUGUCGAUGACACAAUUAAUUUAAUUGCCUUAUUAAGAGCUCUUCAAAAUACUUUACCUAUUCAAAUUGUAUAUUAUGAUAAUCUUUCAGGAAAUUCCAAAUCAAGAAUAGUAAGAGCAGCCAGAGAAGUAAGAAGAGAUAUGCCAGAAUCUUUCGAUCAAGUAAGAGAUCAAUUUUCUAAUGAUUAUGAUCGUGGAUUACCUAAACAAGAAGUUUAUUUCGUUAAUACAUAUAGUGUAAUUCAUGAAAAUUAUAAACUGAAAUUCGAUGGAUAUGGGAAUAAAUUAUUAGCUACUGUAUUUAAUACAUUUGAAGAAUUUAUUUUAAUUGAUGCUGAUUCAGUAUUAUUAAAGAAUCCCGAAUGGUUUUUUCAAAAUAAUAAAUAUAAAUCAUCAGGAGCUUUAUUUUAUAAAGAUAGAACAACCAUGCAAAUUAGACCUCCAUCUGAUGCAUACUUUUUUAAAAAAAUGUCUCCAUCAGUACUUGAUGCUAUAAUCUUUGAUAUUCCAUUGAUUACUUCAAAAACCCUUGAAUUAGAUGCCAUGCAAGGAAUGUUUCAUUUUAUGGAAGCUGGGGUUGUUGUCAUUGAUAAAACUCGUCAUUUUAAUUCAAUUUUAUUAUUACCCCAAUUAAAUUUCAUGGAAGCAUUUAGAGAUAGAAGUCAUGGUGAAAAAGAAUUAUUUUGGUUAUCAUUUAUAGUUAAUGGUGAUGAAGAUUUCACAUUUAAUAAAUAUCAUGCUGCUGCUGCUGGUCAAGCUAGUGGUGAAAAAAUUAAACUAAAUGGUCAAAUUCGGAUAUCAAAAGAAAUUUGUUCAGCACAUCCUGCUCAUGUUGAUGAUGAAACCAAUGAAUUAAUUUGGUUUAAUUCUGGAUUCCAUUUCUGUGGGAAAUAUGAUAAAGUUGAUUAUAAAAAGGAUUUAGAAAGUCAAGGUGGGAGAUAUAAACCUGGUAUUACCACAGUUGAAGAAUUAAGAAGUUAUUAUUUUGAUCCUAUUCAAAUAGAAACUGUCAUUAUACCUCCUUUUAAUGGUAAGGAUAAUCUUUUUGUCCCCAAUGGAGAAAAUGAACCUUCAAGAUCAUGGGAUAUGAUUGGAGGAUUAUGUGAUGGGUAUGUUUGGUGUGCUUAUAGUGAUAUUGGAUCUAAAGAUAGAACUCAAUCCGGUACAGUGAUUGAGAUUGAUGAACAAGAUCAAAAAUUAUUUCAAUUUUAUGGAGAUAUAUGGGUUGGAAAUGAAUAAUGAAAGGUACUAACCCCUUAAAACUUGUAUUUAUAGACACUUUUUUUUUUAUAAUAUAUACAUUUUAUGAUUAUGAUUAUGAUUAUAGGUUUUUUGCAGUAAUGCGGUAACAUGCAACCCACCGUUAUAAAGCAAGAAUAACAACCAUUGUUUACAACUGAAAGCGCAAAUUAUAUGACAUACAGUUAUCCAUAACCAACUCUAUAUAACAGUAUCAUACAUAAGUCCUUCAGGUCAAUAAACCUAAAUGACCAUAGAUAAGCCUUGUUUCACACACCAAAAUCACUUUGAACCCAACACACGACUUACCAU